AUGAAUGCCAGCGAGUUGGAUGAGAGCAGGUCAGCCACAGUAACGACCUACGUGAGCACCUCGCCUUUAGUGCUUCUAACGAAGGAUAAUACCUUAAUACCAAAAACACAAACCCCAUCCUCGACCCCCCCAGACCCCAUCCUCGACCCCCCCAGACCCCACCAAAGGACCCCACCCCCCCGACCCCCUUGGACCCCCACGGACCUCACCCCCCCCCCCUCCCCAAGAAAACCAGUUCCAUUCGAAUCCCAAUCAAGUAGUCAUCGGUCCUCGGGCAGCGGCAACAGCACACGUCCGCUGUCUGAUGGCAGUGUAGACCGAAACGAAGCAAUAGCCAUUCCCGACAUGUCCUCCCUCGUGCCCUAUGCCCCAGCGCCCCCUCCGCCCGCGGUCGCUCUCCCAAUGGGGCGGAGGCGAACCGAGCAGCAGGCGCAGCCGAGGAUUCCUAAAAGGUUCAUCGAGUUCGCCGUUAAAUCAGAGAAACUGACACAAAAAAACACGAGGCACAAACAUACAAAACAGGCAAGAACUGAUGUUCCGAGGCAGCCGCUGAACCAGACGCUGUGCCACACGGCGGGCGAUGUGUCGGAAAUGAAGCGGCCACAACAGGGUACACGCGGAAGUGUUCCUGCUGCUGCUGCUCUUAGCCGAAAUCCGGAUCAGCGAGACAUAGCUGUGAACGUGCACCUUUAA